GUGACCUCACUGGGGCUCGGUGCCGCUGAUUGCACGGGCUCUUUUCAAAAGCAAACAGGACUCGCUGGAGCUGCCGGUGCGAGGAGCCAGGCUGGGCUGUCCCGGGAAGCUGCUCCAGGAGCAUCCUCCGCCGCGGGCUCUCGGGCUCCUUGCGGCAUGUGAUAAUGUGGAAUGGAUUUUCCAGGUUCAACACCAUUUAAUGGAGAGCAUAGACACAGCCUCUCAAGACAUAUUUUUCCAAGUUGUGCUUGUGCCUUUUUGGGUGAUGAUCCUGCCUAUGAGUGCUCCACACAUCCUCUGACAGGCUCCCUUCCUACGUGCCGCCGCAGCCCUCGACUGCUUUCUAAUGGUUAUUAUGUUUUGACAGAAGACAGUUUUCUGUCUGAUGAAGAGGGCAACAUAACACUGACACCAUCCCACACAAGUGUUACAUAUAAAGAGAAUUUAGUUCGUGUAUUCAGGCGAAGGAAGAAAAUCCGUCGCUCUCUUGACAGCUUGUUCAAUCUCAGUGCCUCCAGCUCAUGGCUCAGCUCCACCAUUCCCAGCAGGAUGGAUUUCUCCCAUGUAGAGGAUCCUUGGCCUGAUGGAUGCAGUAAACUAGAAGCCAGUCACAGUGAUAUUGUCACUGAAGAACUUGUUAGAAGACGUGCAGAACAUAACAACUGUGAAAUUUUUUCACUGGAAGAAAUUUCUUUACAUCAGCAGGAAAUAGAAAAGCUAGAGCAUCUUGAUAAAUGGUGUCGAGAUUUAAAAAUUCUCUAUCUUCAGAAUAACCUAAUUCCAAAACUUGAAAAUGUGGGCAAACUAAAGAAGCUGGAAUAUUUAAAUGUAGCUUUGAACAACAUUGAAAGAAUUGAAAAUCUGGAAGGCUGUGAAGAAUUGAAGAAACUUGAUCUGACAGCAAAUUUUGUUGGCGAACUGUCCAGUAUUGAAUCCCUAAAAUGCAAUAUUCAUCUGAAGGAAUUGUUUCUAGUGGGUAACCCAUGUACUGAAUUUGAAGGUUAUAGACAAUUUGUAGUGGCAACACUUCAUCAAUUAAAAUAUUUAGAUAGCAAAGAAAUAGAACGUUCAGAGAGGAUUAAAGCACUUCAAAACUAUCCAGAGGUGAAAUGGAAAAUCAGAGAACAGGAACAAGCUUACCUUCUCAAAAGGGCCAGAGAAAAGGAAGAGGCUCAAAGAAGUAUGCAAGAAAAAAAGGCUGAGAAACAGAAACAGAUGGAUUCUAAACUUGCAUUUGACAGUCCAGACUCCCCACAGGAAAAAUCCAACCAGGCAGAAGGAGAUGGAGAGCAGGAAAGAUACAGACCAGUUGACAGUGAUGAUGAAGACAGAAAAUUUUGGGAGGAGCCUACACCAUACACUCCAGAAUCUAGAUUAGAAACUCACAGAUAUAUUGAAGAAAAACGGAAAGCUAAAGAAAAUAUAAGGGAAUCAAAAAAGAGAGAGAAGACUGCUUGGACAUUAGUCACUGCAGAAGGAAAAGUUCUGAAUGUGAAUGCACCUAAGCUUCAUUUCUCUUUGAAAGAUGAUGAAGAAAACAACCAGAUCAUCUUGGAUCUUGCUGUUUACAGACAUUUGGACACUUCUUUACUUGAUGUUGAUGUGCAGCCAACUUACAUCCGAGUACUGGUGAAGGGAAAGCCAUUUCAGCUUGUGCUCCCUGAGGAAGUGAAGCCAGACAGCAGCUCUGCUAAAAGAUCACAAACAACUGGUCAUUUAGUUGUCACCAUGCCAAAGGCUAAAGAAAUAAUCCUGGCUAAGCAAAAAGUUUCAGCUUCAAUUAAACAUUCUGACUGCAAUACACAGCAAAAAACCACAAGAAGGAGUGGACAAGUUGAGAAGUUAGAAGUGGAUCCUAGUAAAUAUUCAUUCCCUGAUGUGACAAAGAUAAUCCAAGAAAAGGAACAAACUGGACGGGGACCUAUAAAGCUCCAACCACAGAAGGUUACAGAGGUUAAGAAGAGCUGUGUUGAUUUUGAAAAUAAUGAAGAUGUUCCUCCUUUAAUUUGAAACAUUCUGAAAUAUCCCCUCUUUAAGUAGCAUGAAUGCUUGUGUUGAAUUCAUGACCCUAUAAGUAAAUAAAAUAAAAUGGAUCUGAACUUGGCAAUAUCAUUACAUUUCCUAUCAGUAAUUGUUUAUCCUGGUGGUUUUGGCUGCAUUUUCUGUUAGUAUAUUGCUAUAUAAAUUCCUUUUUCUAGAUUGUUUACUUAGUAACUCUGAAGUUAGAAUAGGAGCCUUUUAUCAGAGAUUGUCAUUUCUUCAAACAAAUUACUGUCUGGGUUGAGAGAUGGCACAUUACUGCAGAAAAAGAGAAAAAAAGGAAGAAAGCACUUGUAACAAGAUUUAUGAUUUUUCUCAUUAAACUAAGGAUAGG